GCCACUUUUCUUCCCCAAGUCUUACUUCAGACCGUCUUUUAUACAAAACCAAGUGUCCUGGAUUCAGUGGAUUGCUCUAGAGUCUAAUAAGAUGUCUAAUUAUCGCCCUCCUCCUACUGGAGGGAGACCUCCAAGACUACCAACAGGGUCCGGCAGACUUCAAACUGGCAGUUUCAGGAUUGGUACCGGAAUGCGUCCUGGUAGCCGUGGGGUAGGUGGGAUAGGAGGAGGUGCCCUGAAUUCUCAGGUAGUUAUAUCGGAUAGGCCAGUCACAGGACAGGGACUAGGAGGAAUGGGUACUGGUGUGAAAGGUCCACAGAGACAAGUGCAAGAUAAAUCGUAUUAUUUGGGAUUAUUGAGGAGCAAGAUAGGUGAACUAAACAAUGAAGUUAUGAAGCUGACAAGAGAGCUGGACAGUCUUCAGCAAGAGAGUGCUACAUACAUGACAUAUGAGAAGAGAGCUGAAGUGCUUGCUAGUGAAGUGGAGGAUUUAAGAGGAGAAUUAGGAGACUAUAAUACACUUAUUGAUAAGUUGAAUACUGAAACUGAAAUCGAAGCAAUUAUUGAAGAUUAUUCUGCAUUAUGUCAUCAAAAUGAAAUUGAAUCCCGGACUAUCGAUUCAUUGUUUGCUGAGAAACAUCAACACGAGAUCAAAGCCAAUCAACUCGAGACAGAAAUUGAACAAGAAAAGCAACUAACAGAAACCCUCAUUGAAUCAAUGGAUGAAGAAGUACGUAGUAAAUAUCAUCAACUAAAAUUAGAAAAUGCUCAAAUUAAAGAAGAUGCAGAACAGAAAGAGAAGGAGUUAGAGUCUCUAACAGAGAAAGCAAAGAUGCUUAAAGAAGAAGUUGCUACAUCAGAUUUAAAGCAAAGAGCAUUUCAAUUGCAUCAACAGUUAGCGGAAGUGACUGCUAAACGUGACGAAUGGAAACAGAAGGAAAAAGAAACUCCGGAACAAGAGAGAGAAAGAUUACUGAAACAAGUUAAACGUGACAAUCAAGAAAUAGCAUCACUUGAAAGAAGGUCUGAUGAGCUGAGGGAUGAAUUGGAUAAGCACCAGGAAUCACUGAGACAAACUGAAGCUAAUUUAGAUGAAGCACAAGGAGAGAAAGCAGCAAAAAUAAAAGAAUUAAAAGCAAAGGAAGAUGAGAGACAAAGCUAUAUAGACAGUUUUGAAGAUCUUAAGAAAGCAGAAAUGGAAAAACUAGAGAAUCUGCAAGAAAUGAUAGUUGGUGUACUUGAACAUAUAAGCGAGGCUAUAGUUGAAUCUGAGAAUCUUCCCUCAGUCUCACAGUAUCAGGAGCUACAAGAGGAUCUAUUGUAUAAGCAGGAAGAAGUGAAGAAGGCAUCAAAGACUGCCAAUACUCUUGAAUCACAAAAUGCACAACUUCAAAAAGACCUGCACAACAUCAAUGAGAUGGAAGAUAAAAUUAAAAAGGAGCUUGAGACACUCAAGGAGAAUAUAUCCACAAUGGAACAGGAAGUUGAGGUAUUCAGUGAUUUAGAGAAAUUGAGAAAUGAUCAGGAAAUGAUAGAAAAAGGACUUAUUGUUGAAAGGGAGAAACUGGCUCAAAGAAAGAUAGCAGUGAAGAAAAAUACAGAGGAGGUACAAGCUGUCUAUGAAAAUGAAAAAGCAAUACUAGCUAAAGAUGAAACUUAUACACAGCUGGGGAAUUUAGAAAGGAAACUGCAACAUAUUGAGCAAAACAAUUUCGUCAUGAAAGAAUUUAUAGCAACAAGACAAAUGGAGGGCAAUUACAAACAGGUGGCAGAGAGAGUUCAACAACUACAGAAGGACUACAAUGAGCUACUGAUACAAGCUAUUCAACCUUGAGAGACCGUGUGUGUGGUGAAACCAGACAUAAUAAUAAUAAUAACAAUAAUAAUAAUAAUAAAUUAAUUGUUUUUAAACUAUACACACUAUUAUACAUUGUUAAGGCAGACUUUCACUUCUGAUAUUAA